CACCUCUCCUUCCUUGUUUUUCCAAAAAAGCCCAAUGGCCAGGUCUGCUCUCACUGAUCUCCUCAACCUCAAUCUCUCUGAUUCCACCGACAAAAUCAUAGCCGAAUACAUAUGGAUCGGUGGAUCGGGCAUGGACUUGAGAAGCAAAGCAAGGACAUUGCCGGGACUGGUUACCGACCCUGCAAAGCUGCCGAAAUGGAACUACGACGGCUCCAGUACCGGCCAAGCCCCCGGCGAGGACAGUGAAGUCAUUCUGUAUCCGCAGGCGGUAUUCAAGGAUCCUUUCAGAAGGGGAAACAACAUCUUGGUUAUGUGUGACACGUACACUCCGGCCGGCGAACCCAUCCCAACCAAUAAGAGAUUUAACGCGGCUAAGAUCUUUAGCCACCCUGACGUCGUCGCCGAGGUGCCCUGGUAUGGCAUUGAGCAAGAAUACACUCUCCUUCAGAAGGAUGUUAAAUGGCCGCUUGGAUGGCCCGUUGGUGGCUAUCCUGGUCCGCAGGGCCCAUACUAUUGUGGAGUGGGAGCCGACAAGGCAUUUGGCCGAGACAUUGUUGACUCUCAUUACAAAGCUUGUCUUUAUGCUGGUAUUAACAUAAGUGGAAUCAAUGGUGAAGUUAUGCCGGGUCAGUGGGAAUUCCAAGUUGGCCCUGCUGUGGGGAUCUCCGCUGGGGAUCAAGUUUGGGUUGCUCGAUACAUUCUCGAGCGUAUUACUGAAAUUGCUGGUGUGGUUCUUUCUUUUGAUCCAAAGCCAAUCCAGGGAGACUGGAAUGGGGCUGGCGCCCACACCAAUUACAGUACUAAGUCAAUGAGGAAUGAUGGUGGGAUUCACGUGAUCAAAAAGGCAAUUGAAAAGUUGGGUCUUCGCCACAAAGAGCACAUUGCUGCUUAUGGCGAAGGCAACGAGAGAAGGUUGACAGGUCGUCAUGAGACAGCAGACAUCAACACCUUCUCGUGGGGUGUUGCAAACAGGGGAGCUUCUAUCCGUGUUGGUCGUGAUACUGAGAAAGAUGGAAAGGGCUACUUUGAGGACAGGAGGCCAGCGUCCAAUAUGGACCCGUAUGUGGUUUCUUCAAUGAUUGCUGAAACCACCAUUCUCUGGAAACCAUAGAAGGAACCUUGGAAGAUAAGUACGGGAAAAAUGAGGCUAUUUGUUGGAUUAAAUCUGUUUAAUAAUUAUUUGUUCCUCUCCAUUUCCAGUGUGCUGUUACUAAUUUGGAAAAUUGGAAAAUUGGGUUGCUUGGUUACCAUUCAAACUAUAGUAGUUAGUUCAGAACCAGUCUGGUCGUUGUGUGCAGAUUGCAGAAAACUUGUUUAUUUUUUGUUUAAUAAAUGUCAGUUAGUUAAAAUUUAAU